CUGAUCCCCCGCUUUCUGCCCUAGAUCAUCGAGAAGCGCCGCCGCGAUCGCAUCAACAACAGCCUGUCCGAGCUGAGGAGGCUGGUGCCCAGCGCCUUUGAGAAACAGGGAUCGGCCAAGUUGGAGAAGGCAGAGAUUCUGCAGAUGACUGUUGAUCACCUGAAAAUGCUGCAUACGGCAGGAGGGAAAGGUUAUUUUGAUGCUCAUGCUUUGGCUAUGGACUAUCGGAGUCUAGGGUUUCGAGAGUGCCUGGCUGAAGUUGCUCGAUACCUUAGUAUUAUAGAGGGUCUGGAUGCCUCUGAUCCUCUGCGAGUUCGACUUGUGUCUCAUCUCAAUAACUACGCCUCUCAACGGGAAGCAGCAAGUAGUGCGCACACCAGCAUUGGACACAUUCCUUGGGGCAGUGCCUUUGGACAUCACCCUCACAUAUCUCACCCACUGCUGCUGGCUCAAAAUGGGCAUGGUAAUACCAGUACUACAGCAUCUUCCACGGAACCACAUCACCAGACCAGAAUUGCCGCCCCACAUCCUGAAACUUCCUCACUCAGAGUGCCCCCAAAUGGCAGCGUUGGACCAGUGCUCCCCGUGGUCACAUCUACCACCAAACUGUCUCCUCCUCUCCUCUCCUCCAUGGCAUCUCUGUCUGCGUUCCCCUUUUCAUUUGGCUCCUUCCAUCUGCUGUCCCCCAACGUGCUGAGCCCGUCUGCACCAACGCAGUCAGCAACACUUAGCAAACCAUACAGACCCUGGGGGACUGAGAUUGGAGCAUUCUAAGAACUAACUCUUUAAUAAGGGUGGGGAAGCCUACAAACCUAGCUGAGCUGGGUUAUGCAACACUUAGAAGUUGAAGUUCUUAGUAACUGGGACAAAGGUACAGCUUCAUCUUAACUGAGUUUGUCUAAAAACUGUCUCUUCGGAUUUUUCUUUUUGUUUUCUACAUUUUUGUAUUAGCAAUUUUGGGAUUUUUUUAAAUAAUUGCUGAUGUUGUCCAAAAAUAAAAUUACAAUAGUGGUUGUUAACACUUGUGUUAGAUCUAUGCUGAGCAUUUAAAUCACUUUUGUAAACAGUUUGUUUCAAAUGUUUCAUCUUUCCCGAGUACAUGACUGCCUUUCUAUGAAGAGAUAUCACCUAUUACUGUUAGCAACAGCCUACUUUUAUUAGUUUUUCAAGACCACUCUUCUCAGCAUUAACAAACUGUGGUUUUGUUAGUAUUUUGACACUGAGAUGUUCUGUAAAGAAUUACUUUUUGUAAGCUA